GAAAAGGACUUCUUCCCCUGGCUGGCUCCCUUCUCCGUCGCCCUCAAGCUUUCACCACCAAACAGACCCAAUUAGCCAAGCCAAGCCAGCGUAGCUCGCAGUUAGUGGUAGAAGCUCCCUUCUCCGCCGCCGCCGCGCACGACCGUCUCCACUCUCCAGCGCCAGCCUUCAUAUCCAGCCGCAGAAGCCAAGCCAAACCCUACCCCGCCGGGGCCUCGUGCUUCGUCCACUGUUUGCAGGGGCGGGCGAGCUAGCGGCGUUGAAUUUUGCCGGCGUUGAGUUUAUCUGAGUUGAGUUUUGCCGGGGCCGGGGGUGCCACGCGGCCUUGUCCGGAAUAUUUCUUCUUCCCUGCUGCUGUGGGAAAAGCUACGUGCUAGCAGCAGCGGAUGCGAUUCCUCUUCUCUCUUUCUCUGUGUCCAUUUGUUAAUUGGGAGGAGCAUAGUAUAGUUUAAUCUGGGGCAGCGGGCAGCGGCGAGAGCUGUGGAUUGGAGCUGGAGCAAGAGCUCGUGUAGUUGGGGGAGAGAGAGAGAGCCGCCGUGGAUUUGUUAAUGUGGUUUAGUGCGCGGGCUAAUUAUUUUAGCGCAGCUGUCGCCGUUGGGAACUCGCGAAAGCUUCGCUUCUUUUGAGAAAGCCUCAACCCACGCCGAGCCGAGCCUCGGCCGCCCUCCUCCUUCUAGCCUCUGCCUGCUGCUCUCGCUCUAGCUCUGCUCGCGGCUGGGCUCCUCGUCUGGGUACUGGUGCGGCAGGCGCGUGCUUUGUGCUGUUGGCAGGUCAAGGCGAGCCGUCGUCGUCGCGCGCGCGCGCAUUUCCGCAAGCAUAUGGUGGGCAUUGGGCCGGAUGGGGAUUAAAUUUGUAGGGGAGGAGGAGGAGGAAGCGCCGCCUGGGGGAGCGAGAGCUGCUGCUGGAGGAGGAGGAGCGAUGGGGAAGAAGUACGCCGCCAGGAGAGGGUGGAGGCGGCUGGCGGCGGUGGCGUGGGUGCUGCUGGCCGUGGCGUGCUCGGCCGCGCUGCACUGGCAGCUGCGGUGGGAGACCAUGGAGCGCGCCGAGCAGCGGCUCGUCAGCAUGUGCGAGGAGCGGGCCAGGAUGCUGCAGGAGCAGUUCGGGGUCACCGUCAACCACGUCCACGCCCUCGCCAUCCUCAUCUCCACCUUCCACUUCGAGAAGAACCCCUCCGCCAUCGACCAGGAUACAUUUGCCAAAUAUACAGCAAGGACAUCAUUUGAGCGUCCACUGCUGAAUGGGGUGGCAUACGCGCAACGCAUAUUCCCUCAUGAGAAGGAAACGUUUGAAAGACAGCAUGGAUGGAAUAUGAAGACGAUGAAUCAAGAGGCUGCACCUCUCCAAGAUGAGUAUGCCCCGGUGAUUUUCUCCCAGGACACAGUCUCCUACCUUGCACGCAUGGACAUGUAUUCUGGGGAGGAGGACCGUGAAAACAUCUUACGUGCGAGGGCUACUGGCAAACCGGUGUUAACAAACCCAUUUCGACUUCUUGGGUCAAACCACUUGGGGGUAGUACUCACUUUCGCUGUGUACCGCCCUGAUCUAGCUGCAGAUGCAUCAGUUGAGGAACGUGUUGAAGCAACUGCAGGAUAUCUUGGCGGAGCUUUUGAUGUGGAGUCACUCGUAGAAAAUUUGCUGAGCAAGCUUGCUGGAAAUCAGGAUAUAUUGGUGAAUGUCUAUGAUGUCACAAACUCUUCAGAGCCUAUGGCUAUGUAUGGACCUCAAAGUCCAGAUGGCAAAGUCGGCCUCUUGCAUGUUAGCAUGCUUGAUUUUGGAGAUCCAUUUAGGAGGCAUGAAAUGCGGUGCAGGUAUAGGCAAAAGCCUCCUAUGCCGUGGUCUGCCAUCACUAAUCCUCUGGGUGCUUUUGUCAUAUGGAUGCUCGUGGGGUAUAUAAUUUGUGCCGCAUGGUCUCGGUAUGACAAAGUUACAGAGGAUUGCAGGAAGAUGGAAGAGCUUAAAACUCAAGCAGAAGCUGCUGAUGUUGCAAAGUCUCAGUUUCUGGCAACUGUAUCACAUGAAAUCAGAACACCUAUGAAUGGUGUCCUUGGAAUGCUGGACAUGCUUUUGGGGACGGAUCUGACUAUGACUCAGAAGGAUUUUGCCCAGACUGCUCAGAUGUGUGGCAGGGCAUUGAUAACACUUAUAAAUGACGUACUUGAUCGAGCAAAGAUCGAAGCUGGGAGGUUGGAGCUUGAGGCAGUGCCUUUUGACUUGCGUUCUCUGAUGGACGACGUGAUCUCUUUGUUUUCUUCAAAGUCAAGAGAGAAAUGCAUUGAGCUUGCUGUUUUUGUCUGUGAUGACGUCCCAAAACUCGUGGUUGGCGAUCCUUGGAGAUUUCGACAGAUACUGACAAAUUUAGUCGGUAACGCAGUCAAAUUCACAGAUCGGGGUCAUGUUUUUGUGCGGGUCUGUUUGGCUGAGAACUCGAAUGUGGAAGCUAAUCAAGUUCUGAAUGUAACUCUGAAUGGGAAAGAUGGGAAAGUUGAGUCUACAGCUAAUGGUGCCUUAAAUACGUUGAGUGGUUUUCAAGCUGCAGAUGAACGAAAUAGUUGGGAAUAUUUUAAGCUGCUGCUCUCUGAUAAGGAGUCACUUUCCAAUGAGCUUGAGGGUGAAAAAUCUAACCAAAAUGAUUCUGAUCACGUAACCUUGAUGAUAAGCAUUGAGGAUACAGGUGUUGGGAUCCCACUCCAUGCACAAGAUCGUGUUUUUACACCUUUUAUGCAGGCAGAUAGUUCAACGUCAAGGAACUAUGGUGGAACUGGCAUUGGUUUAAGUAUCAGCAAAUGUUUGGCCGGGCUUAUGGGUGGGCAAAUAAGUUUCACUAGCCGACCUUCCAUUGGGAGUACAUUUACAUUCUCAGCUGUCGUGAAGCGUUCAUGCAAAGAUACUUCAAGUGAUUCAAAGAGGAGCUUGUCCGAGACGCUACCAACUGCUUUUAGCGGAAUGAAGGCAAUUUUGGUAGAUGGCAGAGCUGUACGUAGUGCUGUCACAAGAUAUCACCUUAACAGGUUGGGAAUAAUUGUUCAAGUUGUGAAUAAUAUGAGUGUGGGAAUUCAAGCCUUUUCUGGGCAAAAUGGUGCAGCAGAGCCCAGAGAAAAACCGUCAAUACUUUUUAUUGAGAAUGACACCUGGAGGCCCGAGACAGAUAUUCAGUUACUGAAUCGUCUACAUAAGCCCAGGAUGAAUGGUCAGGUACAUGAGUUGCCCAAGUUAAUUCUCUUGGACACAUCUGAAGCUGACAAGGACAAAAAUGGAUCGAUAUUCAAUGUUGUGAUGUGUAAACCGAUAAGAGCAAGCACAAUUGCUUCCUGUCUUCAACAGUUGCUAAAAGUGGAGAUACCUGAAAGGAAAGAAAAUCAAAAUAGGCCCUCGUUUCUCCGUAGCUUGUUGGUUGGGAAGAAUAUAUUGGUUGUUGACGAUAAUAAAGUUAAUCUGCGAGUUGCUGCAGCGGCACUGAAGAAGUAUGGUGCCAAGGUUCAUUGUGUUGAAAGUGGCAAGGACGCCAUCAGCCUACUUCAACCACCACAUCACUUUGAUGCAUGUUUUAUGGAUGUUCAAAUGCCUGAAAUGGAUGGGUUUGAGGCAACUAGACAAAUAAGGGAGAUGGAGAAGAAAGCGAAUGAAGAACAGAAGAAGUUGACUUCAACCGAAGGUUCAACAUUUGUUGAGUGGCAUUCGCCUGUUCUGGCAAUGACUGCUGACGUUAUUCAGGCAACAUAUGAAAAGUGUAUGAAAUCUGGAAUGGAUGGGUAUGUGUCCAAACCAUUCGAUGAAGAGCAGUUAUACCAAGCAGUCUCCAGAUUAGUGGCGGGAAAAAGUGAUCCAGUGUGACAGAUCUGAUCAAUGUUCCAAACCCUCCCUAGUUGAAGCGAAGCAUCGCCUUGUGGCUUCUGCCAAGCUGACUCUUAACUCUUACAGACCUCUGACGUGAAUUUUCGCAGCAUUAGAUGGAAAGGUGAAGGUUCCCUUGAGCUAGUAAACUUCAUGCAGCCAAAGGUAAUGGUGCAUCACAGUCAGACAUUUCUGCUGCAGCCGAGGGGCGUGAUAGGUAGAUUAGGGUCUUCUUUUUUCUGUUUGUAGGCAGAUGUAUGCUGUAUCUCAUGUUCAUUCUUUGAAAAGAUAACAUCUCUGCUGCACUCCCCAUGUUUCAGAGUUCCCUGAAGAGGAAAAAUGCAGUGGCCGACCUUGUUGGUUUGGUGGUAUUUUUUGGCACUACUAAUUGGGUCUUUGCCACUAAUUGCACUUUUGUUCCCUCUUUCAGCACAAUGAACCUUGGCACGUCUGUUCUUUCAGGUCACAGAUUGUAAAUUGCAUUGUAGGUGGCGAAA